AUGGCCAAGCGCCUCUUCCAUUCUUGCCGCUCCCCCUCCGCCGCCGACGUGGUCAUCCCCACCACCCAGCACCACCCGCCGCCCUUCACGCCCCCCGCCGGGGCAUGCUGCCCGCGCGUCCUCCCUCGCCGCCGCUCCCUCCCACCGGACUCCUUCGGCGCCAGAGGCUGCGCCGCCGACUACUCCGCCGACGACCUCCCCCCGGCCCCCGGAACGCCCGCCUACCGCUGGCUCAAGAGCUCCCGCUGGCACGUCAUCGAGGCCGCCGCCACCGACGGCGACGACACGCCCCGCCUCAAGAUCGACGCGCAGCGCCGGCUGCGGCGCUCCCGCCGCCGCCGCCGCCUCCACCGCAAGGCGGCCCUCGCGAGCUUCUCGUCCGGCGACAGCGGCUGGUUCAGCACCGACGAGGAGCCCGGCGACGCGUACAGCCGCGGCUUCGGUGGCAGGGCGGAGACGACGGUGGUGACGUCCACCGCCACGGAGACCUCCUCCGGGAGCUCCGGCGCCGUGGCGGCGGCGGAGGCGGACGUGGCCGGGAGCUUCGCGGUGGUGAAGCGCUCCGACGACCCCCGGGCCGACUUCCGGCGGUCCAUGGCGGAGAUGGUCGUGACCCGCCGCAUCUACGACGCCGACGGGCUCGAGCGCCUGCUGCGCUGCUUCCUCGCGCUCAACGACCAGCGCCACCGCCGCGACAUCGUCGACGCUUUCGGCGACGUGUGGGAGGCCGUGUUCGCCAAACCACCGCCCCACGGCCAACACGGCGCCGUCGCGUCCGAGCCUGCACUGCAGCCGACGAGCUGGGGCAAGGCUGCAGCGGCGUCCCGUCAGUAG